AUGAAGUCCUACACCGCUGCCGUCGCCCUUGCUGGCCUCGUCUCCUCCGUCGCCGCCCACGGCUUCAUCAAGAGCCCCAUUGCUCGUCAGCCAGGUCCCGGCCUCAAGGCUGCUUGUGGUGAUCAGGUCUUCAACACCCAGAACUCCGACAAGUACGGUAACGUCCAGGGUUCCAUUCAAAAUCUCCAGGGCUCUCACCCCGACUGCCGCAUCUGGCAGUGCAAGGGUGUUCCCUUUGCGGACGCCGGCGAGAUCUUCAGCUACACUCCUGGCCAGAAGAUCCCUAUCGAGGUUGAGAUCCGCGCUCCCCAUGACGGUUCCGCCAACAUGUCCAUCGUCAGCGUCAAGUCCGACAAGGUCAUUGGCGAGCCCCUCAUCAGCUGGGACAAGUACGCCCUUACCUCAAGCCCCAUGUCUCAGCACCCAGACUGGACCAACUUCGAGAUUACUAUGCCGGAUGUCAGCGCCGAGUGCGCCAACGCUGGUGACUGCGUGAUUCAGUGGUUCUGGGACGCCCCUACCAUCAACCAGACCUACGAGUCUUGCAUUGACUUCAAGAUGGGUGGUGGCUCCGGUACUUCCCCAGCUCCUGCUCCGGCCUCGUCUGCCCCUCCUGCCGCUUCGUCUGCGCCUGCUUCGUCUGCUGCACCCACCCCCACCAAGCCCACCCCGACUUCCGCUCCUUCCAAGGUCGCUGAGGUCUCUACUCCCUCUCCCGCCGCUGGCUAUGGCACUGGCUAUGAGACUGGCUCCGGUUCCGGCUCUAGCGCUAUGCCCAAGACCUUCACCGUCGCCAGCUUCAUUGCGUGGCUCCAGGAGAACGCUGGCACCGAGACUGCCGGCAAGCUACGUCGCAUGAUCGCUGCUGGGGGUGAGCACGCUCGCGCUUUCCGCGUCUAA